UUGCUUUUGAAGCUUUCAUAAAUCUCACUCAGGGUCUGGUAUUUGUAGAACGGUCCCUGUUUGAAUUCAAGGCGAGUCAUAGAAACAGUGGAAAUGGAUAUAUAGAAUUGGAAUCCCCCAAUUUUGUCAAAUCCAUGUACGAAAAAGACAGGUUUCCAACGAAUACUCACUUGUUCUCGUUGAAUACACACAAUGGAAUAUAUCCAGGUAACUAAUUUUAAUUUAUGCUUUGGUGUUUGUUCAUCGUUGUUUGUUUGCUCAUACUUCACAGCCAAACCCGGUCCCUUGCUGUUAUGGUAAUUAUACUGCUUAAUAAAGUUAUUAAAUUCUAGUUAAAUCGUCGAAAAAGAAAGAGAAUCAAAUAAAACCAUAGUUGGUGUCUGGAAUCUGGACAAGAAAAAUCAAACCCACCACUCGCUAACCAAUAUCACCCCCACUGCCUUUCUCCAUUUCCUAGAAGCUCUCCCAUCUCCCAUUGACCCUCGUCUCAACUCUCUCUCUCUCAAGAUCGCAGCCUUCAUCUAAAUCCAUCAGUUGUUCACAAAUUCUCAAACACCACCAAGGCAACAACAUAAAAAACCCAAAUGGACCAUCUGAUCAAAUCUCCCUCUACUUCAUAAACAAACCCAAGUUCCCAUCUUUUCUCAGAAUCCAGAAUUACCUCAAUUUCUGAUCUUUAAGUUCAAUUGUACCUGUACUGACUCUGAGAGAGAGGGUCAGAAGAGAUGGGAAACCAAUUUAGUGGGAGUAGUAUGGUCACACCCAGAGAACAACUCACUCCAAUUAGACUCUCAUCUCAAGAUCUACUCUCAUAUGAUGAGGCAGUUCAAAACGACCCCAGUGUUCGAAAAUUCGACAUCGAUUUACAAACCAGAACAAAUCAUGCUAUUAAUGCUCUGGCAUUGGGAGUUCAGCAACCUCUUUCUUUCUCAUUCGAAUUGCUCAAAGAGGUAACUAGUUGUGUUCUUGAAACUGAUCAAAAAGUUGUUGAAGUUAUUUUAGAAGGUAAAAAAGAUAUAUGGAACAACAAGGAGUUAUCUGCUCUUAUUGAUGAUUAUUUUAGAACUAGUCUGCAUACUUUAGAUUUCUGUAUUGCUCUUGAAAAAUGCUUAACUAAUGCUAGAGAUAAACAAACAAUUCUCAAAGCAUCGCUUCAGAGAUUAGCGAAUUCGGCACCGGGAGGUGAUGAGUAUAAGACAGCAAUGGAAGAUUUAGACAGGUACAAGUCAGUUCAAACUCAUUUUACAAAUGAGAUGUUAGCUUUGUUUGGGACAGUCUAUUGCGAACAUCUUCAAAUGUUGCGAAAUUUACAAAUGCAGAGAAUUCAAUUAGAUAAGAAACUUAAGAAAGUCAAGUCAUGGAGAAAAACAGCUAAUAUUAUCUUUGCAUCUACAUUUGUAACUGUUCUGAUUUGUUCAGUUGUAGCAGCAGCGGUAGCUGCGCCACCAAUUGUUACGGCUAUGGUGGCUGCUGCUGCAGCAGCUGCAGCUUGGGCACCGUCAGAAAGAUGGUUUAAGAAACUAUGGAGGGGUUAUGAAGAUGCAAUUAGAGAUCAAAAGGAAGUCAUAAGUUCAAUUCAGGCAGGGACUAUAGUGGCCAUUCGGGAUCUGGAUAAUAUUCGGUUCUUGGUUGAGCGAUUAGAAAGAGAAAGUACGAAUUCAUUCAGGGAGAUCAAUGGAAAUAUGUUUAUCGAAGAGAAGGUUAAUGGGAGUGUGUUUCUUGAGCACACGUAUGAGAUUCAGCUGGCUGUCCAAGAAAUAGAGAAUAAGGUAUUGAUAUUUAGUAGGAACUUGGAUGAAUUGGGUGAAUAUGUGAGUUCUUGUAGUAGUCGAGUUCACAAAGCAAGAUCAGUUGUGUUGCAGAGAAUUAUGAGACCACCUACAUAAAAGAACAAGAUGCUUACACUCUCUGUAACUUGAUUAGCUUUUGAUCGUUAAGAGGUAAAUGAGUGACAACUGAUAUUCUCGAAUGCAGUUUCAAGCAUCCCUUGCCUUUUUGUAAACUGCUAUGAUAUUUAUUGUAUUACCUUUUCAAGAUGUAGUUUUGUACUUUAUCUGUAUUGUUUCUCAAGAACUAUUGUUCUCUACAUUUUGAAGAAAACCUAUUAUUUCACCAGAAAA